AUGGGCGCUGGACGUAUUAGCAAGAUCGCUUUGAUUUAUCGGAUUUGUUCCUAUACAUCUAAGUUCUUCCCUUGUCCAAAGUAUCCUACUGGGACCAUUCAUGGCAUGGCACUAGCGGACAUUCGAACCGCGUGUGAUAGUAUUGCGGAAAGUCUAGAAAAGAGUCUCUCUGGGGAUGGCAUGCAUCACCUGGGUUUAGCCAUGCUCAGGGCCCGGGAUGAAGGAAAUCCAGACAUCUUCCGACAAAAGCUGAGCGACGCUAUCCGACGGACACAAGAGAUUGGAAAGGACAAAUAUGUCCCCGCGGAUAACGAGGACAAAGAAAUCAGAAAUGUACGGCAAUAUAUGCCAUUCUGCAACCUCUAUAUAUGGGACAGUCAAACAGACAGCAUCCCCAUUUCAGGAGCCUUGAAGGAUGAUCAAGUCCCCGACACGCGUCUCAACCCCCCGGUUGAACUUACGGAGCGAAUUUUUCAAAUCCGCCUCAUCAAUUUCUGGAGGAACAACAGCCCCAAAGUCGACUCCGAGUAUGACAUUGUCCUGGCCGAAAAGAGAUACGAGGCGCUGUGCAACGAAUUCUUGCCUACCUUACCACGCGCCUUCGUUCUUGAACCAAACAAGCAAUGGGACAAGGAUUUUCCAUGGCUUCCCUAUCAGAGGGAGUUCCUGCAUAUCUCUAUCUUCUCCUCCAUCUGCUACAACUAUCGGCCCGUUCUUCAGCUGGAACCACAGAAAAUCCAGUCUCUUCCAGCAAACGACCGGGCUUUGCUAGGACCGCAGCGAAAGGCCCUGGCGGUGGCAGCAUUCAAUGUUCUGACAAGGUACCUCAACCUUCAUACUCUAGAGUCUGGCAUCUCAACCCGACUGCCAGAUAUCAUUAUGCCCACAUUUGAUGCUGCAGUGCUCUUAGCGGCUCUCUAUGCGAAUCGCGGUAUGGAAUGGGAGUGCAAAAACUACCGGCAUUGCAUGUUGAGGGUAAAUCCUUUUGAGACUCACAUGGAGAGCCUGAAGCCAGAAUUGUGCAUGGAAACAUUGCGUAGUACCCUCGACCACCUGCAAAAAUGUGCAGAGACCAGUGUUUUGGCUAAAACGGCGGCUGAGACUCUAGAUCGCGUACUGAAAAGGGUCAAUGACGGCCACUAG